CAAACUCCAUUUUUUUAUUUCCAAUAGUAACAAUGAUGAACGUAUUAGCUUUGAGUCUGUUUCUAACUUCUCUUGCAGGAGCAGGCCUGUUCUCUCCCACUCCGUCCGCAGAUCAAAAGCAAGCAGAAAGCACCAUUGUCAAAGAAGGCCAUCGGAUUGUCGUCGUUGAAUUCGAUGGAGAUGGUCAUCAGAACACCAAAAUCUCCAUCUCACCGGAGCAGCACGCAGAUUCCGACCCCAGUGGUGUUCUUCUCAACACCGCCAAGGAGAAGAUGAAGGAGGCGGCAUCCGUUCUCCCUAACGUUGGACAAGGAUUAUCCUCCCAAGCACAUGAUGCCGCCUUCCUCCACGCUUCCAAGGACCUCAUUUGUGAUGCCUAUGGAAAGUGCAAGCAUAAGAUAGCCAGUGCCGUGGAGAAAGCCAAGGACAAAGCCCAUGACGUUAUCGACCUAGAGAGAGAGUCGUUGGCGAGGAAGAAAGAGGCGGCGCGUGGUGCAGUUGAGAAGGCCAAAGAAACCAUUUACGAUAAAGCUCAUGAUGCGAAGGAGUAUACAAAAGAAGCUGUGGAAAAGGUAAAGGAACACGGGCAAACCGCCACGGAUCAUGUGGUUAUGAACAUCACGGAAGGAAAUGAUAUGCUUUUGGGGGUUCGGGUAGCCAUGAGGCGAGUUGCUGCUGAAUAUUUGGGAUCCAUGGACUAUUUGGAUUCAUUGAUGGGUGUGGCAGAUUUGAUGGGGUUUGCAACUGCUUAUGGACUGUGUAUUUGGGUUACUUUCUUCUCAAGCUACGUGCUGUCGAGGGUUAUGCCGAGACAACAAUUUGCGGUGGUACAAAGUAAGAUAUACCCUGUAUAUUUUAAAGCUAUGGCUUAUAGUAUUGGGAUGGCUUUGGUGGGCCAUGUCUUUGGCCAUAGGACCAAGGUGCUCUCUCGUAAAGCUGAGAUAUUUCAAGCUUAUAACCUUCUUGCUGCGGUUUUCACUGUUUUUGCCAAUUCUGUUUACUUGGAACCUCGCGCUACUAAGCUGAUGUUCGAAAGGAUGAAACUGGAGAAAGAAGAAGGAAGGGGAAGAGAGGAUAUGACUGGUGAACAUAGCAGAACAGAAGAGCAUCAACAUCAGCACAGUACUGCUGAUCCUAAUGAAACCGGCACCCCAGCCUCGGCCUCAGGAGCAGCAACGGCCUCAGGAGCAGCAACACCCACACGAGGUGCAGAGCAAGAUGCAUUCAGAUCGAAAAUUCUCAAGCUUAACGAGAAGCUGAAGAAGUUGAAUUCAUACUCCUCCAUCUUAAACAUCCUCACUCUCAUGUUUCUUACUUGGCAUCUCAUCUAUUUGGCUCAGCGUGUUCAUCACGGCCCAUGUUGAGCUAAAAAAAUUUAGCAGUAAUGUUCCUAUGAAGAUACAUGUUUGUAAAUGUGUGCUUUAUGUUUGUGAUGACUAGUGUAGUAAAUCCGUAGAUUUAUAUCUUUCAUAGUUCAUAGUUUAUAGUAUGUUUAUGUU